ACCCUUGCCGAGUAUAAUGUGAAGAUUUGUCGUACAAUAACUUUUUUUCAUUUUAAAGAUUUGUUCUACGGGAUAGUAUUGUAAAGACCACACAGUGUCAUAUUGAGAUAAUUUUGACAGCAUUUUGUAAUUUACACGUGUAUACACAUGUGUGUUCACUUCCUGGGUCCGGAUGAGGGCGUAUUAUAACUCGGAAUUUUAGUGCUAUGUUAACUUUCAGUGGUACACGGAACUGCGAAGAUAACGAACACAACAAAUAGCUAUAACAUCUAUAGACCUCAUUUAGUUUGCUGUCAGUCUAAGCACGACUGAAAACUGAAGUUCCUCAGCGUAAUGGAUGUUUGAAAUGGUUUAUGGAUUUUGAGAAAGAGCUUUACAUCUUUUUCACAUUUGGCGUCUGUUGAUACCACUGUGAAGCCUUAUAUCGUUCUGAACAGAAAAGCGUGGUGAAACACAUUAUACAGAGUUCAAGAUAUGUCGUCGUUUGAAGAACACCUCCCAAUUGUUGGAGUCGAUGAUCUGGCACAUCCAACUGCAGAAGGAUACCUGGAGAAAAAACGGAAAGACAAGAAGUUUCGGAGUGAAAAGCUACAAAAGAGGUGGUGUGUUAUCCAUGGCGGUAAUUUCUAUUACUUCAACAAGUGCACUGACAUAAGACAGAAGGGAUGCUUCAGCCUGAAAGGUUAUUCCUUCCGUAAGCUGGGUAAUUUGUCAUUUGCCAUUGUUUGUGAAGGAAAGCGCCCUUAUGAGUUUGUAGCGCCUUCCAAAGAUGAAGCGGAGAAAUUUAGAAAGGCCAUCACAGGCGGCAAAUCUCCAAGAAAAACGUUGAGAAAAUCCGACAGUUACCCUGGGGUCGAGCCGGCACCUCCUGUUUCUCCUACACGAGAUCGUUCCAUCAGUAUCCCUACUGAUAAAAAAUCCGAGCAAAUGCCAUAUAAAUCGAAGACCCGAUCACAUACACCUGAUCCUUUCCAAAGGAGCCCGAACACACAUUCGCAAUACAGAUCAAACACACUCGGAAGUUCUGAUUAUGGUAAGACAAGGACAGGUUCACCUAACACCCAGCUCCAGAAAACGCAGUCUUCGCCAUACUGCGACAGGUCAACUGUUCACAAACAAUGUCCGGAACUACCUACUAGAAAUAAACUCGAUGUAGAUGAAUACGGCUAUGCAAACGUCGGGGUAAGAAAGAAAGGCCUCCUCCCAGUAGUUGUAGUGGAAAAUAAUGAAAACCUGAUGAAUCAACAACAGUUCAGCAGCAGUGACGAUAGUGAUUCGGAUUAUGAUACUGUUCCCGAAUCUGUUCCCCCAUUUCCAGCACCACGACAUAAACAAGUUGAAAAACUGCUUUCAAUAUCUGCACAAGAAAACAAGAGAAGUAUGGCCCUAGAUAGGCAGAAAAUGCCAUUCCCGGGUUUGACGUCACAGAGCCACGAAAGCAGUGACGAUGAUCAGGAUUAUGACUCUCCCAAAGACUUGCCACUACGUCCUGAGUCGGAUUAUGAUUUGGUGGGAAAGUUUCUUCGCAAACCAAAGGAAAGUUUUGAUAUAGGAAGUACGGGAGAUGAUGACUGUUAUAUAGAUGCUUCAAAACUGGACUCAGUACCAAAUACAAACAGACAACAGAGAUCAAAUCAGCCUCCCAGAGCCCCAUCGAAGCUAGGCAUUCAACAACUUGAGGAUGAUAUCUACUUUGAGCCUACAUCUGAGUUUGGUCAUGUUGAACAAAUAUCGCGUUCACAAAUACAAAAUAUUUUGUGCACUGACGAUGAAAAUCCUUAUUUCAUACCAAGCGAGGAGUCUGGGCAUUCGAAAAAUGACGAACCUUCUUAUUUUAAACCGAAUUUAGAUUGUGAUAAGUCAAGGUUUGAUGAAGAAAACCCUUACUUUGAACCUAUAUCCGACUAUGACAUGCCUGAAGUCGCAGUGGCGGGGUCAUUUCAAACCCCGAAAUCAAAAUCACCAUUAGGCAGAACCAAAUCUCAGGAAAAUGAUGGGUACAUAAAAGUACCUGGUAAUACCAAAAUGACGUCAAGCCGAAAUAGUGACGGUUAUUCCAAACCGGAGGAGAUGGUAUGGUUGAAGCGCAAACCUGCAACCGCAGCAGCAACCAACAAAAAGAGCGAUCUCUUCACAGAUGACUCGGUAAUAUAUGUAAACCUUCCUUUUGCAAUCAAUAAAAGCUCACAGAUGAAACAGAUGGAGCAACAGAUGGAGCUAUCGAGCACAAUUAACUCCAAAAAUACCAUGAAAUUACAAAAUAGCAUGGAGGAUAGCAGUUAUUCCGAUUCUGAUGAUGAAGAUUACAUCACGAUCUAAAUGUGACUGAUGCAGAAUACUACAAAUCACUUUUGCGUGAAAACAUCCCAAAUACCAAGGCAUCGGAACAUAAUGUAAACUGCUGUGUAAAUAACUUUACUAGGAUAAAUGUGAUAUUAACACAGGUUUAGACAAUUAACCGGGAGUACUGUGAUUUCAAGACAAAGUGUAAAAUUCAUUAGAAGUAACUAUCAUUAUUGUUAAUAACUUUCUAAUAACAUAAUAUAUGCAAUUUAAUAUAUUUUAUUAUAAUAAAAUUUCUAAAACCCGACUGAAAGGGUAUAUGCAAGUCCCGAAGUGGCUUCCCGUGUAUAUAAAAAAUAAUUGGGAGUGUUAACACAAGGUAAAAACAAAGUGCUGUGCGGACUUUGAUGAUCAAAGAUGGAGACAAUUUAUCGGGAGUGUUGUGAUGUUAACACAAGGUGGAUACUAUUUACCGGGAGUGCUGUGAUGUCAACAUAAGGUUGAAGACAAUUAACUCGGAGUGCUUUGAUGUUAACAUAAGGUUGAGGACAAUUUACCGGGAGUGCUGUGAUGUUAACAUAAGGUUGAAGACAUUUUAAAUGGGAGUGCUUUGAUGUUAACAUAAGGUUGAGGACAAUUUACCGGGAGUGCUUUGAUGCUAACAUAAGGUUGAAGACAAUUAACUGGGAGUGCUUAGAUGUUAACACAAGGUGAAUACUAUUUACCGGGAGUGCUGCGAUGUCAACAUAAGGUUGAGGACAAUUUACUUGGAGUGCUUUGAUGUUAACAUAAGGUUGAGGACAAUUUACUGGGAGUGCUUUAAUGUUAACUAAGGUUGAAGACAAUUUACUGGGAGUGCUUUGAUGUUAACAUAAGGUUGAGGACAAUUUACCGGGAGUGCUUUGAUGCUAACAUAAGGUUGAAGACAAUUAACUGGGAGUGCUUAGAUGUUAACACAAGGUGAAUACUAUUUACCGGGAGUGCUACGAUGUCAACAUAAGGUUGAGGACAAUUUACUUGGAGUGUUUGAUGUUAACAUAAGGUUGAGGACAAUUUACUGGGAGUGCUUUGAUGUUAAAUAAGGUUGAAGACAAUUUACCGGGAGUGCUUUGAUGUUAACAUAAGGUUGAAGACAAUUAACUGGGAGUGCUUAGAUGUUAACAUAAGGUUGAGGACAAUUUACUGGGAGUGCUUUGAUGUUAACAUAAGGUUGAAGACAAUUCACUGGGAGUGCUUUGAUGUUAACAUAAGGUUGAGGACAAUUAACUGGGAGUGCUGUGAUGUUAACAUCAGGUUGAAGACAAUUAACUGGGAGUGCUUAGAUGUUAACAUAAGGUUGAGGACAAUUUACUGGGAGUGCUUUGAUGUUAACAUAAUGUUGAAGACAAUUUACUGGGAGUGCUUUGAUGUUAACAUAAGGUUGAGGACAAUUUACUGGGAGUGCCCUGAUGUUAACAUAAGGUUGAAGACAAUUAACUGGGAGUGCUUUGAUAUAAACAUAAGGUUGAAGGCAAUUAAUUGGGAAUGCUUUGAUAUUAACACAAGGUGAAUACUAUUUACCGGGAGUGAUGUGAUGUCAACAUAAGGUUGAAAACAAUUUACUGGGAGUGCUUUUGAUGUUAACGCAAGGUGAAAACAAUUUACUGGGAUGCUGUGAUGUUAACAUAAGGUUUAGACAAUUUACUGGGAGUGCUUUGAUGUUAAAUAAAUGUUUACACAAUGUUUAAACAUUUCACUUGGGUAGAUACAAAUGUUCCUAUUUCAUUGAAGAUAUACAAUACGAUUGUUUAUGUAUAUGAGGUAUAGUUUAUAGUACCAAAGUUUGAAAAGCCCUGGUUCAGUCCCUGACUAAUAUGGUGCUCUCAGGUUGGAGGGCUCUCACACAUCUUUCCUAAAUGUCAACGAUUUCUGGAAGGUGUAAGAUAAUAAUGUUAUCCAUAACUUGUUGUAAUUAUGUCUUUGAUCUUUGAUGUCUCUUUGCUACACCAAAGGCGUGAAGCAGGGAUGCAACUUUCUUGGCAUGACCUGGGUUUCCCCCCCCCCCCCCUUUUUUUUUUUUUUAAGCCGAGCGGCUUAUUAAUUCUGUCCAGAGAACGAAAUGACGGACCUCUUCCGUUCAGGGUAAUAAUCUGACAAAUCGUGCUUAGUUUGAUAACGGUAAUGGCUCUGAGACGAGACGAUAUGGGAACCGUGUAAGCUUAUCAAACAUUUCUUUAACACAGCAUGCUUUUUUUCUGGUGUAUGUAUUUCUGAAAAUGUAACAAUUUAAGAACAUGACACAACUGCCGCUGCUGUUUGACAAGAAUUUGCGCUGUGUCAAAAUAUUA